AUGGAAGUGGGUCGAAGCUGGAGAUGCCCAACCACUCCAGCUGAUCGACCAUCAGAGAAAGAAGCCCACACACUCAACAUCGACCAUCCACCUAUCCCACCACGAACGAACAUCAUACAAACCCAACCAGAAGCUCCCGAUUCCUGGCCAACCCACCCCGAAGCCGAGAUGAUCCGGUUCAUCCUGGUCCAGAACCGACAAGGCAAGACCCGGCUAUCCAAAUGGUAUGUGCCCUUAGAGGACGAAGAAAAAGUCAAGGUCCGUGGCGAGGUGCAUCGGUUGGUGGCCACUCGAGACCAGAAAUACCAGAGCAACUUCGUCGAAUUCCGGACAUCAAAGGUGGUCUAUCGACGGUAUGCAGGGCUUUUCUUCUGCAUCUGCAUCGACUCGAACGACAACGAAUUGUCGUACCUGGAAGCGAUCCAUCUAUUCGUCGAAGUCUUGGAUGCGUUUUUCGGGAACGUGUGUGAGUUGGAUCUGGUCUUCCAGUUCCAUCGCGUCUAUUCCAUCUUGGAUGAAGUCUUCCUUGCCGGAGAGAUCGAAGAAACUUCGAAAUCGGUCAUCCUCGAACGGCUCGACUACCUCGAAAAACUCGAGUAA